UUGUUUUCGUGGUAAGCGGUCUUCUUCUUGAAUAUAAAGAGCGUGUUUUUGUUAGUAAAAAUAAUAGGAAAAAAUUUGUGUUGCGGAGUGCGCUUUUGAAAGUUUUAUUUUCCGAAUCAUAGUCAUUCUUUCAUAUGCGUGAUUAAGUGAUUUGUUAAUAUUUAUACAAUUCGCAAAUACGGAUACUCAUACAAGCACGCAUUCGCGCACCCACACACACACAGUGACAUACUCAAAUACGCAUACACAGAACAACAACAGAAGAAGAACGACAACGAAGAGGAAAAAAGAAGCAAAAGCAGGAGAAAGAGAGGCAAAGGCUACGCUGCAUACACACACACCCACAAGGAGAAGAAACUUCCACCCGCUCAGCAUACACAAAAGGAUGUUCAGUAGAAAUGGGCGGAUUCCUGGAUAAGCCGAACACUGCUAAACACAAUGAUCAGGGUGAGGGGAAUAAACUGCUCUUUGGCGUCAGCUCAAUGCAGGGCUGGCGCUGUGAUAUGGAGGACGCCUAUUAUGCCCGAGCCGGCCUAGGCAAUGCUCUGGAUGAUUGGAGCUUCUUUGCCGUGUUCGAUGGCCACGCCGGCUGUAAAGUAUCCGAGCAUUGCGCCAACCAUCUAUUGGAUAGCAUUGUAAGCACCGAGGAGUUUAAGAGCGGUGACCAUGUGAAGGGCAUUCGCACUGGCUUCCUGAGCAUCGAUCAGGUGAUGCGUGAUCUGCCCGAGUUUUCACAGGAGGCGGAGAAAUGCGGCGGCACCACAGCUGUUUGCGCCUUCGUGAGCUCCACGCAGGUGUAUAUAGCCAAUUGUGGAGACUCUCGAGCUGUGCUUUGUCGCCAAGGAGUGCCGGUGUUUGCCACCCAAGACCACAAGCCGAUUUUGCCAGAGGAAAAGGAACGGAUUCACAAUGCUGGCGGCAGUGUAAUGAUCAAGCGGGUGAAUGGCACUUUGGCCGUGUCGCGUGCCCUGGGUGAUUAUGACUUCAAGAAUGUGAAGGAAAAGGGCCAAUGUGAGCAGCUGGUCUCGCCGGAGCCGGAAAUCUUUUGCCAAAGCCGUCAGGAUACCGAUGAGUUCUUGGUGCUCGCAUGCGAUGGCAUCUGGGAUGUGAUGAGCAAUGAGGAUGUGUGCAGCUUUAUUCAUUCGCGUCUGCGGGUGACAAGCGAUUUGGUGAAUAUAGCCAAUCAGGUUGUGGACACUUGUUUGCACAAGGGCAGCCGUGAUAAUAUGAGCAUCAUUAUAAUUGCCUUUCCUGGAGCACCUAAGCCAACCGAAGAGGCGAUAGAGGCUGAACAUCGGUUGGAGAAACAAAUCGAAAAGAUUGCAAGAGAUGAGAUUGAACUCAAUAAAUUGACCGAUUAUGUGGAGUUAUUGAAGUGUCUACAAAGCAAAAGCGACAUUGAGGGUCUUCCACCAGGCGGCGGAUUGCAGUCCAAAUAUCAUGUUAUCGAGCGCACAUUUAAGCAAGAGUUCCCGGAUCGACCAUGUGAAGUACGAAAUCUAUUUUAUAAUCUUUAAACUUCUAUUGCCGACUGCAUUUGCUGAGCUUUUGCGCUUUUAAUGCCUAACACAAUUUCGUUAUCGCUUGCAUAUAGCACAAGUUAUCAUUUCUUAUAUAAUUUCGAAUAUUAUUAUUUUUUGUUUUAUUUGCCUUUUUUUUUAUUAUUAUUUUUGAAGAAUUGCUUUAAGUACGAUUUUGAUUUUGUAGCUUACAAUAAUAACAACUUGAUUGCUUAUGGUAAAUUCGACCAAGGGAAGAGGUAUAUUUGCUACCCAAAAUGAAUUUCUGAUUCCCCUUUCCAAUGAUAACAUUAUUCCAUCACAUUGAAUAUUUGUCCAAAUACAUCCUCCAUACACACAAACACA